UUUAGAAAGGUUUUACAGUAGCUGUUUGGACUCUGCAUAUGCAAAUGAUUUUAUGUAUGCGCGUUGUUGGUCAUAUGUAUGCAAAGUUUGUGUUGUUUAGGUAACAAUUUCUUGGCAAUUAAUUUACUAAUACUUGGAUUAGAAAAUUAAUUUCAUCAUAUGAUGAAUUAAUUGCAGGUUACUAUAGCUAUCAAUUGACUUCAAGUUAUGGUUUAGACAUGAGCUUUGACGCAGUAAAAAGGAGUAUACUUGAACAUGCAUACAAUGUCGCGCACCAUGCAACAAGAACAGUACAUUGUUAAAGAUGUGUUUUGGCACAAUCGUAAACUAACGCUUAAAGACGAUUCAAAAGAUAUAUAUUAUAAGUUUGCCGAUGGAAAUCCUUCUUCAUCAUUUGAAUCAUACAUAUCUGAGCAUAACAGCAGCUCAUCCGAAUGCUCUAAUAUCACGGGCAGCUUACAAGACAUUCAAAAAUUAAAUACAGCAGAAAAACAGUCUUACAACAAAUUAAACAAGAAAAAUAAAAUUGAUGAUAUGUUUUGGCAUAAUCGCAAACUAACGUGUAUAGACGAAUCAAAAGAUAUAUAUUAUGAGUUUGCCGAUGAAAAGCCUUCUUCGUCAGAUGACUCAUACAUAUUUGAGCCUAGCAGCAGCACAUCCGAAUGUUCUGAUAGCACUUGUGGCUUACAAGACAUCGAAGAAUUAAGUACAGCAGAAAAACUGUUUUACAAUAAAUUAAAUAAGAAAAAUAGAAUUGAUAUUUCGUACAGAAAUGAUUGUUACUUAGAGAGUUAUAGACUGAGAAUCAAUGCACGGCAAAAAAAACGGGUUGCCGAGAUGAAUGAACUGUUUCGGCUUCUGGACGAGAAGCUGCCAAAGCAGAGGAAUUCUACCACUGCGAAGACAAAAUAUAACUCCAAACUUAAAAUAUUACGACGAACAUGUCAGUAUAUAAACGACCUAUCUGAAUUUCUAUCAGAUAGCAAAUUCAAUUGAUUAACCAAAGUAUAUUUAAUAUAGGUUCCGUAAGAUUGUAUUCUUUAAUUGUGAACAUUAAAUAAAUAUAUUUAUCAGUUAUAAUAUUUUCUUAAUUUUAAUCCUGAUAGACCGAAUUUGUUUGUCAGUUGGUUUUCUUUAAUUUUUCAGUACCAAAAAUGAAUCAUGCAACGAUUUAAACAAGUUUUAAUUUAAUUAGAUAAAUAAUAUUUUCGUUGCCAUGACACUUCUCCAUCCUGUCUAAACCAUAGUGAUGCAAUUAAAGGGGCACUCCAGUGAAAAAAAAAUAUUUGAAAAAAAUGUUAUUUUGAUAAGACAAUGCAUAAAUAUGUCAAAGUAAACCUUUUACAAUCGUUAAAAAUUUCUAUUUAUACCUAAUCGGGUCUGUAAAUAUCUUCAAUUUCAAAUAAAUUUGCAAGGUCGCGUAAAGUCGAGAGGACUAGGUUAAAUGAGCACACGUCACAUCGUGCAGAAAGUCGGUAAGGUAACCGCCUUCUAAAAGUUUUUUUUACUUACUUUACAUUGCUCGUUGAUAAGUGUUGCAAUAAUGAUGAAGAUUAUAACUCAGAAAACUUAGAAUCGGAUAAUUUUCUUCAUGAAAAAGACUUUACAAAGCUACAGCCAUACAACUCCGAACCUCUUGUGUCU